AUGGACGUCCCGUGCAACACCUACAGCGGCUUCUUAUCCCUACCCACCGAGAUACGAUGUCAGAUUUACGACUAUUUGCUCGCUGAGCCAUACGCCAUUACCAUUAGUGCAGGAUAUACUACAUGUCGAGGUAGCGGGCUGCGAGACUGCGCCCGCAAGACGGAAAUCCCAGGCUUGCCACCGAACCUCGUACCGCUGGCACGACGCCGACACGAUGCCUCCCUUCUUUCCGUCGCGAAGCCCCCCACCAUCGCCAUUGACGGUGGAAACAUUGAUGAUAUCGAGGGGGAGAAGCUGGGACUUCCAGCACCAUUGGCCUUGUCAUUGACUUCUCGGUUGGUGAAAGACGAGCUCAGCGAUUGUAUACGGAGACGAAGACAUAUUCUCCAGGCACGCUCUUCAGUCGAUACGGAUGGUGUCCCUCAAGACGAUGGAGAGAGUAGAGAAGGGCUGUCACUCUAUGUGUCAUACCCGUACGGGGUGGUGGUGCUCAAAAGCCAGUAUCCCUACCUGCUGAAGCAAGCUCGGAGAGUAUACAUCUCUGGAUAUUAUACUGCUGCUCAGGAAGAAGAGCCCAUGCCCUCCGAUCCAAGCGACACGGAGCAUUUAACACCAUCCAGCAGCAUCGCAGCAAAUUCAUUCAACACCCCGGCGUCGGGUCCUACAACGAGCUUUUUGCGAGCGUCAGGCCCCUCGGCCAGACGACCUGUCCGCCAUGGUGCCUCUGUCAAUUCGUCCCGUCCACGGCUCCGCAUGGGCGUACCACUCCCGCGAGAGUCGCGCCGCUCGUCAAACAUAGCCAUAGCAUUUCCUCCCUUCUCCAAAUCCACCGCAAACCAUGCUCCCACGGCUCUCGCUCACCUCAUAUCAACACUGUUCCCCAAAGAUGUCGCACCCCUUACCAAGUUCACAGCACGCAUCCUCUUCCCCGGCGAAAACACAUACGGCAGUGUCUGGGGCGAUGACAACAGUCCCGUGACUCACAUCCUACGCAGCAUCUGCGGCGGAAAAAUCGACAUGAAGGUCCUCCGGUGUAAUCUAGGCACAGGCCUCAGACUGACAGCCCGACCAAAACCCGAGACGCGGAUUGUGAGCACGAGCUGGGUCAAUUGGAAAAAGGGGGAUUUCAUGGCUGCAGAUAGUCUCGGUACUGGACGGAGAACAGUGGGGACGUUGGGUGUGAGUGACUUGGACGGCUUUCUCAUGGGCGAUGAAUCUUGUCCUUGA